AUGGUCGGUCUCGCGGUCUCGAGUGACGGCGGGGGUCGGCACGCGGAUUUCUAUAAUCCUUGGGGUACCGUUCAAGGCUACUCUCACCUCGCAACGCUUUACUCGGUCCGGACGCGAUUCGCCUUGUUGGAGGGCCUCGAGGCGGCCGCAGUGGAUACGUGUGACAGCUGCCUGCCUCUCCUCCGGAGGGUGCUGCUGCUGUCGAUAUAUGGCAAGCGCCCCCUAUAA